AGGAUGGCUGCCUGACACCCUUCGAGGGUGUUGUACAAACAUACACGAGCGCACAACUACAAAGGAAAAAUAGUCAUGUCUUUGAUAUCGAACAGAGAAGACACAACCAUGACCAUGCGGUACCGCCACCUUGAGGAUGUGGUGGUCGGCGACACGAAGGACCAGGAGCAGAGAGCUCAGCGGGAACAGCCGUUUACCUACAAACACCUGGACCAGUCGGAGCGCACUCUGGUGGAGAAACUACUCAAAGGGUGCCUCAAGCUGGAGGAUACGCCGAAGGUCAAGUCAAAGGUCAUCAAGGUUUUCAUCAGCUCGACCUUCACAGAUUUUGUAGAAGAGAGAAACGCCAUGGCACAGAACGUCUACCCAAAGCUUAGAGACUACUGCAGGGAUAAGUACGGUGUGGACUUUCAGCUCCGUGACAUCGAUGAUCUCUUUGACAACCUGGAGGAAUGUAACAAGCUCAAGAAGUAUUUGACCACGGAGACGAGCCAAGCCCUCGUUGUGCACGGGGACUCUGGGGUAGGAAAGACGUCAUUCAUGGCUAAGGCCGUGUCCUGCACUAGGGGACUUCUGGCCAAACAUAAGCUGGAGGUGGGAGACGACUCUGCUAUACCGGUACAGUUAAUUCCCAGGUUUGUUGGCAUCACACCGAAAAGUAGCAGUGUCCAGCCCUUACUCUUCUCCCUGUGCCAUCAGCUUGCUUUUGUCACGGGCAAAUAUCGUCACGAAGUUCCUGAAGACUACAAAAACCUCAAAAGACAUUUCAUCGACCUGAUUGAUUACCCAAUGAUAGAAGUCUGUCCUCUGCCUGCCUCUGACUGUGAAGCUAUCAUCAAAGUGAUGCUAGAUUCCGCAAACAGAUCUGUGACUUUGCCGCAGUGGAGAAUCAUCCAGGAAGCCUUCCAAAAGUGCACUCUGCCUCUGUACAUAACCUUAACCUUCCAAGAAGCCACCAGGUGGCGCUCAUAUGACGUGAUCAGCCCGGAGUGCCUGGAGUACACAGUGGAAGCCAGCAUCAAUAAACUGUUUGACAGACUGGAGACCAAACAUGGAAAGAUCUUCGUUUCCCGCGCUUUAGGCUACAUCACAGCUGCCAGGAGUGGCCUGAGUGAGGCAGAACUGGAAGACAUUCUGUCCCUGGAUGACCAAGUGCUGAGCGCUCUGUUCACCAUCUGGGAGCCGCCCAUUCGGCGUGUCCCACCCAGCCUCUGGCCAAGGUUGUACCUGGAUAUUCACGCUUUCCUGGUUGAGCGAGAGGCAGAUGAAAUUGUUGUCCUGGGGUGGUACCACCAGCAAUUCCUUGACCAGGCCACCAACAGAUAUCUCAGUGACUACCUGGACUACAACACUAUACACAGAAACAUCGCAGACUAUUACCUUGGAACCUGGAGUGGAACUAUCAAGAAGCCCUUCCUUUACGGAGAUAAUCUGAUGAAACGCCUUAGUCUCAAAAGUCCUCACGGACUAGCCUGUCGUUAUGUCCCUGAGCAGCCUCUUGUCUUCCGGCCCACAGAAAUUGACGAGCGAUACAACUACCGGAAAAUGACGCAACUUCCGUACAGUUUGAUACACAGCUGCCAGUUCGACAGAGUGAAGAAAGACUGUCUCUGUAACCUGGAGUGGCUCCACACCAAGCUCAAGGCCACUUCACUACAGCAGGUCAUCCUGGAUAUGUCCAUGAUAGAGGACUGGGAGACUGACCUGGUCGCUGAUGUUCUGCGAAUGUCCGGCUCGGCCCUCAAGAUCGACCCAGAUGCGAUAGGAGCUGAGAUCUCAGGACGUUUGCUAACUCACAUACACAGGUGUGGGAACUGACCCAGGGGGAGCCCCGCCAAGACAUGCACAUGCCGGUGGGAGAAGUUCACCCCACGAGAGAUGGGAGGUACCUGGCCAUUCUCAAAGCUGAGCCGCAGCGAGAAGUUUGUCCUGGUCAGAUGUCUCCGGUGUCUGUAUCUCAUCUGUACUCAGAAGGAAGCGCUUCAGCAUAGACUCGAACGCGUACCGCCUGGCGUGUUCGUGGAGACGAUGACAUGCUACACCGGUGCCGACUUCAACCCCUCAGACUCCAUGGUUGUGGCUUCAAGGUACACGUAUAUCUUUGUGUGGUGCACUCAGACUGGAAACCCCAUCAGGAUCCUGCAGGCGUCCUUGUCUCCGAUCCUCAAGAUUUACACGUCUGAUCUGGUCAACAAAGCUGUGGCACUGCUCAAGGACAACACCCUACAGGUGUGGAACCUGGACAAUCUGGACGCGGAUGUCCUGCAUGCUAAUGAGAUCAUGCGCGGCGCCAUCCACUCUCUGGCCGUGAGCUGCGCCAGCCAAACCGUUCUGUGUCACGACGCCAAACACCCAGAGGUCAAGGUUGUGGAUCUAGCGACAGGGAAAGCGGUGGGCGCCCUCAUGCAAGCUAAGGAGGUCCAUCGGGUUUCACAGGUUCAGUUCUGUCUCAAAGGAAUCUUCGCCGUCACUAGGAACAUCCCUUUAGAAAACGACGACCCCGAUCCGAUAAUUAGAUACCACGAUGACGAGGAGACGGAGAAACCUGUCAUUAAGUGGGAGGCGUUGACUGACGAUGUACUGUGGCAUGUGGAGUCAAAGAAAGCUGUGUUUAAAGCACAACACAGUCGGUUUGUGGUGUGUAACCUGCACGAAACUGCUAUGGGUUUCAUUACCUGUUCUUUCCAUAGCGCCUAUGACUGGACUAACAACUUGUAUAGCUUUGUCAUGUGGGAGCCUACCACUAUCUUCUUGUCUGGAGACAUCAAAGGCCAGGAGAUGAAAGUGGACAUCCCAGAUAUGUCCGAGUUUCUUGGGCCUCCCGUUCUCCACACCGACGAACGAAACGAUAUCCACACUCUGUUGGCUGUGCUUCAGAGGUGUACCAAAAAGUUUGUUGGGCGAAACACUGAGAGCGCCAGAGUCUACGACAACGUUCUCUUUAUUCAGAGGUUAGGGAAAGACAAGAAGUAUGAGUCACAAAUGCUCAAAAUACAAGAUCUACUCAAAUUUCCUAACCCUAAGGACAGAAUGGCUCAAAUAAAAAUUGUCAGCGGUAACCUGGCGCUAAUCUGUUACGUGAAGGACGUAGAUCACUUCAUGUUUGACGACAAACUCGGUCUCAGAAUGCCGACGAAUGUGGAAAAAGGCUUCAUCCUGCUGAACCCCAUCAAAAACUUUGUGGUCAAACACACAGUGUGCUCACUCAGCCCAACCAGCGACCUGAGCAUUUCUCUACUCUCCAGCUCCUCCUCCGUGUGGGUAGACAACAACCUCUGCGUGUACAACCUUCCUACAAACCGCCGUAUCUCUCAGAUUGAAGCGGACGUCGACUUUGACAGCGCUCGCUUGGCUUUGGACGGUCGGUACCUUGUGGGUCUGUGCCAGCAGCGACGCUCACUGUCCGUCUACAGAACGGAAGACGGGAAACGCCUGGCGAGACUCUUCAUUCACGGCACCGCCGCUUGCCUUGAGGUUGGUGAAGACGGACGCACGGUCGUCGCCGGCUGUAAUGACGGUCGCGUACUCAUACUCUCCCUUGUGUUGGAAUGCAGCGACCCUUAUAAAGAAAUUAUCCAGAAGAUUCCGUCGCGAUUGGUGCAGCAAAAGAAGAUAGUGGAUAGGGUUGUUCUUCUCGAGAAUGACGUGGCAGAUGUGGAGUCCAAGAAACCGGAACUGAUCCGACUUGCGGAGAAAAUCCGUACAGACGUCAAAGUGGCAGUGAGGCGGCAGGCCAGCUUUAAGACCAUCAGUAAGGCACUGAUAUCACAGCAGAGGGCGAAAUCAAGAGCCUGCUGUAUACAAUGAUAGAAUCAACUUGACAGUGAGAGAUUCUUGUUCAAAAUCAUAACCCGUAUGAACAGAGUGUGCGGUGAUAGUCUUCUGUUCAGAACCAUAGACACAUGUGAACAAUGUAUGUGAACUUAUGAACACAGUGAUAGUCUUCCGUUCACUACCAUAUACCCAUGUGAACAAUGAUAUACUCAUAAUAUAAUUAAUGUACAGUGCAUGAUCGUGAACUCUUGCAUACAGAGAGAGGCUCCUGUAAUCAUUGAUAGACUCAGUGCACACAACGAUGUACCCAGGUGCACAGUAACAAUGUUAGACUCAUGAGAACAGUGAUAGGCUUAUGUGCACUGUGUUUUUUUUUAAAACUCAGUGUCCGCCAUUUACGUUUGACUGAGAACACUGAGACCAUCUGAUUCUUUCAUUUGCUGCUGUUACGGUUGUAAAGUUCUGUCAGGCGAAUCUAUACCAGCAAAUCCGUGUGCAUUCUUGUGGAAGUAUUUUUCCCUAAUCCGUCGAAAAUGCUCUUACCAGGUUUAAGAAAAGUUCUCUUCGUCAUAGACUCAAACAUAAAUUGCGCUUUCAUUUCGUAUUUUCAGAAUUUGAACAGAUGCUUUAUGAAGACUGAAACUGUUUUACGCCGUCCUUAGCACUUUGAUUAAACAUAAAAACGAAGUAGGUCUGUCUAUAAGUUCGUGUAGAGGAAGGCCUAUGUUAUCUUCUUGUUGUGCAUAGGGUUCGAAAAAUAAGGUCAAAUUACUGUACAAGGAGACGAUUGUGUAUGUAACUACGUGAUUUUCUUGUUCACUACUUAUGUACCACAAAUUGUCCGUAACAAUGCUUUUUUAGAUUGAGUUUCCGAAUAUGCUCAAGUCCAAAGGAAGCAGUUUUAAAAACUUUGCUAACAAUCUUGUCCAAGGACACACCUGCACAGGUCCAAAUGUAACUUAGACUAUCUGCUCUAUGCGCAGGUUAAGGAACACGAUGUACAUUUUGCACCUCCCAUAUUUUCUGUUUCUAUCUAUGAGUGUACCCUAGUUGCCACAACUUGAUAACAUGUUUCGUCUUUGAAAUGUGAAGACAUGGUAAGCUCAAGUCAUUCAUCGUUCGUGAGACAGGGGAGGGGAUGAUGCUGGUUUGGGGGGGGGGCAGGGGGGACAGGGUGGAAGUAGGGAGGGGAGGGAGGAAAUUAGCUGUCCUUCCACUUUUAGCAAUUUGAUCUCUGCUCCAGCGUCCUUUUUAUACCCUGAAAUGGCCCUGAUAUGGAUAUCAAUAUUUUGUGAGUCUGGGCACACGAUAGAACGUACAUUAUUCCCCAUACCAUUACUAUAAUAAUUUAAAUAUGUUGCUUUUGUUUGUAUUUUCUCUUGACUUCCAAAGACGAAUGCGAUGUGAUAUUAUGUUGUUACACAACUAUGUACAAUGUAUAGCUCCAAAUGUUUCUCUAAUUAAUUUGUUUGUCAUUAUUGCUCUCACACUAUUAUUAUCAGACAUGACCUUGACCUUUCAGGCCUAUAGGUACCAAAACCUAUACGUGUUACAAUGCUAGGGAGAAGUAUCUAUGUACUGAAAAGUUGAAUUUUCAAAUGAUGGUAUAUGAUCAGUCUAGCGGUUUUACAGAGUAAAUCUUAGAUCAACUACUUUGGCUGCUAGCUUAUGAAAAAAAUCAAUAAAGAAGAAUAAAUUAAUUGUUUA